CAAGCCAGCCCUGAAAAAAUUAACAUUUUUGUUAUUAAGGCACAAAACACUGCUUCUCGAUGGCCUCCUGUUUUAGCGCUUUUACUCGGAAGAAAUUCGUCGAUCCAAAGACUUUAAUAUCGACUCAACUCAACCGUUGUCUGUCGAUUUUUGACCUGACACUUUUGGGUAUAGGAAGUACCUUGGGAGCCGGUAUAUACGUGCUCGCCGGUGAUGUCGCACGUAAAGACGCCGGGCCCAGCAUCGUUAUUUCAUUUUCAAUCGCUGCCGUUGCGUCCAUUCUUUCUGGCCUGUGCUAUGGCGAGUUUGGAGCUCGGGUUCCUAAAGCUGGCUCGGCGUACGUCUACAGUUACGUGACGAUAGGCGAGUUGUGUGCCUUUGUAAUAGGAUGGAACUUACUCUUAGAGUAUGUCAUUGGAACAUCAUCGGUCGCCCGAGCGUGGAGCGCAUAUUUUGAUUCAAUUUUUGACGACAGGAUUCAGAACUUUACCCUUUCAAACAUCGGAAAAAUACACGUCACAGGCCUUGCAGAAUACCCGGACUUAUUAUCUGUACUGAUAAUUCUAAUAUUAACCGGAGUAUUACUCGUCGGUAUAAAGAAAACCUCCUGGUUCAAUACCUUGUUCACUGGAAUCAAUUUAUUCAUCAUUAUAUUCAUCGUGUGCGUUGGUGUGUAUUAUGCAGAGAUGAAGAACUGGACAGAUGACUUUGUUCCUUAUGGAGGGUCCGGGAUCCUCGCGGGAGCUGCCACCUGCUUCUAUGCCUUCGUUGGUUUUGAUAUUAUCGCAACUGCCGGAGAGGAAGCAAGGAAUCCUAGCAGAGGAAUACCAAUUUCUAUCGUCUUAGCCCUGGGUAAGUUACCUCACUUUGUGAACCGAAGUGUUUGGAUCUUCCUAAGCAAAUUAGGAUCAUUUUUUUUUCUUUUUUGGAAAAGAUAGAAGAGGUUCAGCCGCUUCGGCAUAUUGCUUCGUUAUUGACCCUCUCGACUUGAAGACGUCAUCUCCUAUUUAGUGACACUUAACAAAAUUCUGUUAACCUCACCAUUACCUGGGGAAACUCAACGGAGUUGGCUUCGAGAAGGGAAGGGUUGGGUAUGGGGAUGGGUGGAUGAGUGCCCUUACGUUUUAGAUUACUUUUCUUUAUUUCUACAACAAAAGCCUCACAUGGGUCAUUUAUCAGGGAAUUCACUUCUCAUCAAAACAACGACCUCUGGUUGGAAUAAUCCUGACGUUGAUUGACGUUGUUACAAUUCGAACAAAGUACAGAGUCAGUAGGAUCAUUUUGUAAUCAUGAUGCAAACUCGUGAGAAAAAUUUCAAUUAAAAAAUGUUUUGUAAAUUCUUCCAAAUAUGGCGCAAUUAUCCCACAAAUGACGCAAAAAUUGCAUCGGUGAACAUGUUGAAUUUCAUAAAACAACUGAGAAAUGUAAAAGGUUGAAAAUGUACAUGCAAAUAACGAAUGUGCAAAGCAAUUGUUCCUUUAAUUAAUCUUUUGUUUCACCACUAUGUCGUUGCCACUGUCAUGACUUUUUUUCCUCUUUUUGUCAAAGCCUCCUGAGACUGUAAUUGACUCAUCGCAAGUCACUUUCACCGACAAAGGUCCUUUCAAGGCUAUCCUAAAUUUUAGCGUCCAUCACUCUCGGCUUAAAAAUUCUAUCACCGGUAUUAUUCAAAUAAAUUUCACUUUCUUUCUCACAGCGUUUUGUUUUCUGGCGUAUUUCGGUGUGUCUGCCGUACUAACCCUAAUGUGGCCCUACAAAGAUCUUCCCGACGGAGGAACAUUACCUAAGGUGUUCGAAUUGAGAGGCGCACCCUGGGCCAAAUAUGUGAUUGCUAUCGGCGCCCUCUGUGGACUGACGUCAUCUCUACUUGGGGCUCUGGUGCCAAUACCUAGAAUGCUGUAUUCUAUGGCGAGCGACGGCGUAAUUUUCAAGUAAGAUAUGGAAUUUAAGUAACAAUUGACUUUGCUCUGGAUAUCUCAAGCCAAGGUCAAGCAUUAUGCUCCGUGUCUGUACAUGAUUUGAUUUUUUUCCUCGAAUCAGUUUGGCUAAACUCUUUGAUUUUCAAAAUAUGAGUACUUCGCUGUAACGGUUGUUUUGGGGGGGUGGGGGGUGGGGGGUCUUGGGGUCUUUUAUUUUUUUUCUCUCCGCCCCCAAAACCGCAGACCGCUAGCAACGCAAGCUAGGUUGCAUAUAACUGACCUUACCAUGACAUCUUUUUUUAUUUUUAUUAUCAUCAUCAUUAUAAUUAUCGUUAUUAUUAUUAUUAUUAUUCUCAUUAUUAAUCGCUUACAAUGCGUAUGCAGCGCAACAGUUACCAAAAUUACUUACCACUCACUUACUACCUAACAAGAACUACUGAAGAAUUCGGUACUUACAUUACAAUUCCGUUUUGCUUUAUUAUAUCAAAUUUAGAAUGGGUAUAGAAAGCAUUUCGGGACUGCUCAAUUUAAUUUUACUUAACUUUGAUCUGUGAUUGGUUCAGAAAUCUCGCGCCAUCCUCCCCACCAAUUAGAUGCAUAGCUAAAAACAAUCGUGACUUGGUCAUUCGCGUUUUCCCGCGCUUCAGGCAGUUUGCGUGUUUGCACUUUGAGUUCUCAUUGGCUAAUGAUAAUGUAUACCCCUGUUCUGAUUGGUCACUGGGAUUACUUUGGUUUUGAUUUCGACACUUAAUUGAAAACUGAUAUAAUAUAGAAGCUCCUGUAAUUGCAAUACUAAUACGACUUUCUAAAUCAAUAUUGAUUGGUUUGUUUUUAGAUUUUUGGCUAAAGUGAACCCAAGGACAGAGAUACCAGUAAUUGCAACAAUAAUAUCCGGGGUGUUUUCUGCAUUUUUGGCUCUAAUCUUUGACCUGGACUCGCUGGUAGAAAUGAUGUCUAUCGGCACACUCUUAGCUUAUUCCAUAGUGGCUCUGUGUGUUUUAAUCUUGAGAUACCAGCCAGAAAAUAUUGGACUGAUCAAAGAAUCGAGCAAGCAAGAUGGUAGCUUGGCCACACCUCCUCACGGCCCCAGCGAAAGUUCUCCGCUACUGGGUAACAGAGGAGUCCAACAACCAACGCCAAGGACUGCUCAAUUAGCCCUCUAUGGUAUCAGUGCUGGUACCCUCGCUUCCGUGGGCCUCAGUGCUGUGAUAAUCUAUGGCUCACACGCCUUGUUACAAGCCAAAUGGUGGGCAAUCAUUAUUAUUGUAUUAAUGGGCCUGCUAAUGGUUGGAUCUACUAUCCUACUCCUGUGGCUGCCCCAGAAUAAGGUGUCCCUGGCAUUCAAGGUCCCCUGUGUUCCUAUGUUACCUCAAUUGUCCGUUUUCAUCAACUUGUUUCUCAUUUUGAAGCUCUCUUACCUAACAUGGCUCAGAUUCGCUGUUUGGAUGGUAAUUGGUAAGUUACUGAGCAAACCAGUUUAAACGUAAUAGCAGUUGGGGAGGGGGAGAAAGUAUUUGAGCCUUUAGUGAGCGCAUGCUCAACACCCCAGAGAGUAUCUUUUAGCCACUGCCCUCUCAAACUAGACGAAGAACAUGGUCAACUUUUAUUCUGAGCGAUUUCAACUCAACGAACUGCAUCGCAAAAUACGUUUUCAAUUCGAUUGCAAACAUUUUUUCAAAUGCGUUUUAGUGGUGUUUUCAAUUACAUUACUUGGUGAGAUUUUCAAAAUGCUUCUCACACUUGCAUCUGAUUGGCUGAGAGAAUGGCACGAGUUUCCUGGACCAAUCACAGGGCCAUGCAAAGCAAAACCAUUGCAGUCUCAGAUUACUUUUAACUCUCAGUUGAAAAGUACUCUUACAAAGUGAAUGUGUUCUGUUAUUAUCCAAGGAAUGAGCAUCUAUCUGUUCUAUGGAAUCCGCCACAGUGUGGAGGGUGAAACACGCAGAGAUGGGAAAACAGAUGUCGUAGCCUGACCAACCAAUCACAUAAAAUGCACUGAUGUUCAUCUGAAGACAGCGUGCUUCGAUGACAGAUGAUGAAGGAGAAAGUUCUAGAUCAGAAUACAGACUCCGCAAAUCGUAACAAACUGAGAAAGAAUCAAGUUUUCUUUAAAAAAAAACUGUGUGUUGUGUUAAACUAAUUCAUUUGUUCGCAGAUGGUAAACUUGAAAUUUUUACAGUGUAAAUGUGUUUGAAAUUUUUUGACUUGGUUUACUUGAGAACUAUUGCUAAAAUAUUGGCAAAUAUGUUUCGAUAUGUUCUCUGUGUUGGAUAAUAUCAUCAGUUUUCGUGAAACGUCUCAGGUGAUUUUUGGUGCAUCUGAAUCAGGGUGAUUCAUUUGUUUUUUCUUAUUUCUCAAAUAAAUAAAAAACAGACUAUUUAAGUAAGAAGGAAAGUUAAGUUUUUUCCACAACAGAACUAAAAUACAAUUAAAAUGUUGUGACAAAUCCUAUUUAAAAUAGCAAAUCAAUAUCGUCACAGAGUGUAUUAAUAGUGGUCUCCACGCUGAAUGGCUGAAAGAAAUGCAGUUUUCAGGUAACACGAUAAGGAAAAGAGGUAAUGGAGGGCAGAAGAGAGUGAAAUCAUGGCAAAACAAGGCAGCAUACUGUUAGAAUAGUUUUGCGGCUUUAAAACUUUUUUAACGAAGGCUGUUGUUAUAAACGAACGAAUAGUUACAUUUGAAUAAAAUAUGUUGGCGCAAAAUUCGUGCGCUUUGCUUCUGCAAAAUCUUAAAAUGCUAUCCCAAAUAUUUCUCAUGUGCAUUCAUGUUAGUUCAUUACAAACGCUUUUUUAUUCAAAAUUGCGCUUAAAAUCGUGUGAUUAGCUUAACUGACAUCACGAAAAAUAAAGUGUGAUCAACAAGUGUUUCUUUGGCUCGAAG